GAGAUGAAGGGCAAGGGCCAGGUGGACACCUGGCUCUACCGACCACGCGAGCGGAGGAAGUCGGUGCAGUUCGGUGACAGGCAUGAGGAGACGAGCUUGGAGGUGUUGGGAAGUCGCAGCCCCUCGCGCAGCCCCAGCCGCGGCUUUCGCUCGUCGAUCCUCCGCAGUGCCAGUUCAGUGCUUCCGAGGAGCAUCUCUCGGACCUUCAGCCGAGUGGACUCGGGCGAGGAGUCUCCCGCUUCCCCCGCGGUGCGGCGCGGCACCGUUGGGCUCAAUGUGCUGAUGCGGCAAGAUGAGGUCGCGCAGAAUUCGGAGCAGGAGGAGAUGUCAGAGAAGGCCAGACAGCAGGAGGAGAAGUUCCAACGAGUCCUCAGGGAGUUGCACGAGCGCUCAGAGUUCAAGGUUCGAAGCAAGAAGUGGUGGUUCUCCUUCUUCUUGCGCACUCCGGACUUUACCUCAGAGAUCGAGGACAAAUUUCAGAGGUUCUAUCACGAGCACACCAUUUGCAAGAAGUUGGAAUCCCGCUUGGAUCGCCAGGCAUUGGCCUUAACCAUCCUCACCGCGGUGGAGGUCUUUUGCUGCACCUUCUUCGAUUCCCUCUACUACACGGGGCUGGGCAACCCUUCGUGGCGCGGCGACUCGGACGGCUUCGCUCGCUUGCCGAUCUUCUUGGCAUGUCGAGGACUCAUUUGGCUGAUCAUUUGGAUUUGGCAGCGCUUGGCUCGUGUGAAUUCUCGUUUGCUGCGGCAUCCGCAAGAGGACCCGCCCAAGUGCUUGGAGAUGCUUUGGAAGCGCGUGCACGGAGGGAAGGUCAUCGGGGCCUUCAUCAAUGGCAGCCACAAAUGGUAUUUGCACAGGUGGCAGGGUGGUGGCUUCGAAUGGGCCAAAGAGAACCAAGGCGACGAUGGCCAAGACCCUUGGUCCGCUUGUUGGAACUUUGUUGAACAGAAGCGUGACGAGUGGCAGGCGGAGUGCCAAGCCUGCGAGGAUGCGUGUUACAAUCAGGAAGGAGAACACCAGCACUGCACUUGCUGGGAUCCUGAAGGUGAAUGCGACUAUUGGCGCAAAGAAGAAGCUGCCCGUCGUGAGUGCAUGGACGACUAUUGCACCAGAUUUGUAUCUGGCGGGGACACCGGCUCGCUCUACCGGUGGGGCUGCAUCUACCCACGAAUGAGCUUCCUGGACAGCCGCAAGGCCGACUGCUUGGCGGAGUGCCAGGCCACCGGCGGGCCGAAUCCCGUGGCGCCCAAGAGCUGCCGCGCGCAGUUGAACCCGGCCACCGCCACCGAGGACGUGUGCUGGAAGCUGGGCCAAGGAUGGAUCGAUGUGCACUACGCGGAAAUCCACAACUGGGAUUGGUCCCUGGGCCCCCCACCCCCUGAGAGCUGCGUCAUUAAAAGCUAUGACGUCGGAGCGGACGGAAAGCCCUACGUGCCCCCACCGCCCUAUGGACCCAGCUGCCUCCCUGAGUGCGAAAACGAGAUGGACAGCUGCAUCCACAAUCCGCAAUGCUGGAAUUGGUUGGAGGUCGAGCAGAUGUCUGUUUGGGACAAAUGCAAAGGACGCUUCGACACCUUCCAGGAGCAAUUCCGAGCAUGUAUGGAUUCGAAAUGGGCCACCUGCAGUGGCCUUGGGUGCCUCAGGAUCCACCGCGAGUGCCGCGACUCCGUGGGCCUCGCGGAGGACCCUGUCUUCAAGGAAAUGAGCUGCGGAGGUUGUGAUGGUGAAUGGAGCAGCUAUUCGGCCCGUCAGCUCUAUUGCGCGGAAGACUUGAGCAACCCCAAGUGUCGGUGGGACGAGACCACGCAGACCACACAGUCCCAAGCCUGUGCACCAAGCUGCAUGUGGGAAGUUUGCCAGAAGGCCUUCAACGAGUGCCAAAUCAAUGGAGGGACGCUGGCUGCAUGCAACGACCAGAUCAUCAGCAUGAAUCAGUGCCGGGAAUGCUACUUCGUGAGCUGUGAGGCCAAGUGCAGCGAGGGUGCCUGUGAUGCCGCGUUCUCCUCGCGUGACCAAGCCUACAGGGAGUGUGCUGCCUGCGACGACACUGUGGCAUGCAAUCCCAAUAGCCCUUGCUAUGGAGACAACGGGGACUCCUCCUGCAACUGGCUUUGGAAGCCUGAGUUUGGCACCAGCUGCCCGAUCCUUUGUGAAGAGUCCAUCCGAAUCUGCCAGGAGAGUGUGCAGGGCCAUUGUCAUAAGUGGCUGGAAGACCAAGAGAAGUCCAUGUGGGACAUUUGCCACGAGGAGUAUGACCAGUACCGUCCCCAGAUGGACGAAUGCAUCGCCACCGGCACCGAUGCCGCGGAGCCUCGACGCCUCCGUGGGGCGAAACAAACCCAAAAGACCUGA